CCGAUUUCCUCCCCCCUUCCUCGACUGGCUCUUUGCUCCAUAUGGCCAAUCCUUUGUCCUCAUGGCCUUUAGGCCCCGGCCACUCUUGCGAUUCUCGUAGCAGCGGCGGCGGUGGAGGCGAAACAAGAGGAGGAUGGUGCUCCCACUCGAAAAAGAACAGGACUUUGAGUCCGGAGCGACAAGUCUCGACACAAACUCCCCGACGGCGGCGCUGGUGCUGUCCAACUCUGGGAAGCGGAUGGACCAGGCGACUUCUCCGAAGACGGCGCCGGCGCUGGUGCUGUCGAAUUCCGGGAAGCGGAUAGACCCGUCGCGGAAGAAGAAGUACGUGAAGCAGGUAACGGGGAGGCAUAACGACACCGAGCUCCACCUCGCGGCGCAGCGGGGGGACCUUGCGGCGGUGAGGCAGAUUCUCGGCCAGAUCGAUGCCCAGGUCACGGAAACGGCUGCGGGCGGCGCGGACUUCGACACUGAGGUGGCGGAGAUCCGCGCGGCGGUGGUGAACGAGGUGAAUGAGGUGGAGGAGACGCCGCUGUUCAUCGCCGCGGACAAGGGUUUUCUUGAUAUUGUGGUGGAGCUGUUGAAAUACUCCGACCAGGACAGCCUCUGCAGGAAGAAUAGAUCGGGCUUUGAUGCUUUACAUGUGGCUGCGAGAGAGGGGCACCAAGCAAUUAUCCAGGUCCUUCUAGAUCAUGAUCCAACGCUCAUCAAGACAUUUGGUCAAUCGAAUGCAACUCCCCUUAUAUCUGCAGCAAUUAGAGGUCACACUGAAGUUGUAAACUUGUUGCUAGAGAGAGAUGCGAGCUUACUUGAGUUAUCAAAAACCAAUGGGAAGAAUGCUCUACAUUUUGCUGCCCGGCAAGGACAUGUUGAAAUUGUAACAGCAUUGCUUGAGAAGGAUCCACAGCUUGCCAGAAGGACUGAUAAAAAAGGACAGACUGCUCUUCACAUGGCAGUCAAAGGAACAAGUUGUGAAGUUGUUAAUGCACUUGUGGAUGCUGAUCCAGCCAUAGUAAUGCUACCAGACAGAGCUGGAAACACAGCUUUACAUGUGGCAACAAGGAAAAAACGAGCAGAGAUAGUGAAGGUUCUCCUACACCUCCGAGAUAUAAAUGUGAAUGCACUGACUAGAGAUCAUAAAACUGCUCUCGAUAUUGCUGAAAGCCUGCCCCUCUCAGAAGAAUCUGCUGAAAUCAAGGAAUGGUUGUCUCGUUAUGAUGCAGUUAGGGCAAAUGAACUGAAUCAGCCACGUGAUGAGCUCAGGAAAACUGUAACGGAGAUUAAAAAGGAUGUUCAUACACAGUUGGAGCAGACCAGGAAAACAAACAAAAAUGUCUAUGGCAUUGCAAAGGAGCUGAGGAAGCUCCACAGAGAAGGCAUUAACAAUGCUACCAACUCCGUCACCGUGGUUGCUGUGCUCUUUGCGACUGUUGCUUUUGCUGCAAUCUUUACAGUGCCUGGUGGAACUGAAGAUACUGGGAUAGCAAUAGUUGUGCGAUCUGGGAGUUUCAAAAUAUUUUUCAUCUUCAAUGCGGUUGCCUUGUUCACUUCAUUAGCAGUGGUGGUGGUUCAGAUAACACUUGUUAGGGGAGAAACAAAGGCAGAGAGGCGGGUUGUCGAGGUUAUUAACAAGCUGAUGUGGUUGGCAUCUGUGUGCACUACUGUUUCUUUCAUAGCCUCUUCUUACAUCGUGUUGGGUAGGCAUAACCAAUGGGCAGCUUUUCUGGUUACAGUAAUAGGCGGAGUAAUAAUGACCGGCGUUCUCGGGACCAUGACUUUCUAUGUCGUAAGGUCAAAGCGUACCCGUUCUAUCAGGAAGAGGGCAAAAUCUUUGAAGAGUGGCACAAGCUCAUGGCAUCAUAACUCGGAGUUAUCCGAUUCUGAGGUUGACAGAAUUUAUGCCAUUUGAGAGGAGAUUCUGUGAUUCGAUAUCCUUCGCAAUAUGCUUUUUGUAGUAGAUAUCAGGUUAUAUGUGCUAUUUAAAGAUCUUCUGAAGCUGUCUGCUCGAAGAUCGAAGCUUCGUGCUGUAGUACAGUUACGAGUGGAGGGUCACUCUCGUUGUCAUGAAGUUGCUUAGUUCUGUUCUGUCCUAUGAUGUAAAUUAGAAAAUGAUGCUAUCAUUGACCUCCGCAGUUCUUCAA